GCGCCGGGGGUGAGGGCGGGGAUCUUCUCUCACCACUAGGAGCCGCUCCUCGGGCUCUCAAAGAGCAGCCGCCCCCCGCCUGGCCGUCCCCAGGGAGGAGAGAGCCCCCGCCCACCUGGCCAUCCCCGGAGCGCCUCUCACCCACGGCUGGAAGCCUCCGGGGAGGAUCGCCCGGCCUCCGGUCUCAGGAGCAUCGCGCCGCCGCCCUAGUCCCGCGAGGGUCGCCCAGCCUCCAGCCCCGUGAGGAUCGCCCCAGCCCCGGAAGGGUCCCGCCGCCGGCAUGUCUUCCGGCUCCAGCCUGACCACGAUGCAGCGCCUGGUGGAGCAGCUGAAGUUGGAGGCGGGGGUGGAGAGGAUCAAGGUCUCUCAGGCUGCUGCGGAGCUCCAGCAGUAUUGCAUGCAGAAUGCCUGCAAAGAUGCUCUUCUGGUAGGAGUUCCAGCAGGGAGCAACCCCUUCCGAGAGCCCCGGUCCUGUGUUUUACUCUGACGACAGGAAGAAGUUCACUGAGGAGUUACCUUCAAGCAUGCAGUGAUUAACAGCUGCUUCUGAGUCUUAAGAAAUUUUUUUUUUUUGGUGGCCAAACAACUUUUAGAUAUUUGAGUCCUUUCCAUUACCAGCCCCUGAAGUCAAAUGCCUUGAGGAAUGAAUGGAAGUUUCUAGAUGCAUAAAGGAAUAGACCCACAUGUAAUAAUUAACUUGCUUUUUGGGGGGGCAGUUCUUGUAAAACAUUCUAUACUUUAAAUGACACACACACACCAUUUCACUUCAACAAAACUACUCACCUCUCAUAACUCAGUUAUGACUGUUGCUAUAUUUUUAACAGCCUAUUUUUACUUAAGUAAAGAAAACAUUUUCUUUUAUUAAAAAAUUAUUUUCAUUGUAACUUGUUGUGCCUAAAGGUUUUUAUUUUCCAGCAAGUGUUUUCCGCCCUCUUUAAAAUGUGCAUUUUCUAAGGGAACACACCCAAGUGCAGAUUACUGGCUUUACUAAUCAAGUGGCAUCUUGAUUUUUCUAAAGCAGAAGAUAAAAUAUUUUAACACUAAACACAGUAGCUAUUUCUUAAGUAGCUUGUUUUGAAAGACCAACAUUAUCAUAUUAAAUUGCUUCAUUCAGAUAUAA